AUGCUGCAUCGCACUCCGAUUAGCGACUCCAAAGACGUUAUCGGUGUGAUACCUGCAAAUCACGUUCGCAAAAUCAGUCGAUCCGAUGCUAAUCCUAUCAAUAAGCCUAGGACGCAUCACGCUCCUUCAACUACCGAAAUGACUUUCGAAGAUCAGAGUAACGUUACCUCAACGACACAAAAGCUGAGUGUCAGAAUCAGAGCUGCAUGCUACGCGCAAGAUAAUGGUGGCUCGAAAACAUUGGAGAGGGAUGUUGUGCGUCUCAAAUCUAGCGGAGGCAGGAUGAGUUGCCAAAGACACAAGAAGGGACUUGAAGAUCUACCCCUCGAGAUUCAGGGCCUCAUAUUAGACUAUUUGUUUGGCGACAUACACUCGGUGACCUCUGCGGCAACCUCUUUGCAAUCUGGCGUCAACCGUCUAUCAUCAGCAAUGAGACAUCCGAGACGGAAAGCAUUGACAGACGUGGCACUUGUAUCACCCACAUGGCGUGAACUGCAGACCCGUGAAAUAACCGCCUCGCCAGUCAAGAUCAAAGGAAAUCGCACUGGUCUAGCAGAGUCCACGGAAUGGUUCUCCGAGAAUUUUCAGCUGACAAAACAUGUUCGUCAUAUUGAGUUCUGGGUGCCUGUAUGGGCAGACAAACCCCCUGAUUAUGAGAAAAGCCGAAUUAUGGAUGCUUCCAUCGGCGCUGCACCAACGCUGUCUCUCACCUGGCAACAUGAUCAUGACCCUAGCCUAUCAAAUUCCGCUGCUCUAGACAUCUACGACCAAUCCAGCCAACUGAUAUGUCAUACGGCUGAUGACCAAUAUCCUUUUACCUACUCAUUCAGCAAUGGUUCGACUUCGGCAACUCUCUCUGAGAUCUUCUCGCACAUUGCCUGCUUUUUCUCGCAAGCACGGAUCUUCACCUUGGAGGGAGGCCAUUGCAAGAAAUCGAACAUGAUCCGUCAAUUUCCCGCAGCUUUGUUUCCAACUCCAGGGCGCAGACUGGAUCUGCUGCCAAAUAUCAGGACGUUCUCUAUGAGAGGUGCUUGGAACAUCAUGCGGGAGUAUGAUCAUUGGAAGGUGAUUGAGAUGGCUUUACCUGGACUUCACGAGUGGCAUUGCAGCUAUGCCAAACCCAGAGCUGAAGCCUACAGUACGAUCAAUCUGAUCUUAAGCCAACUACCGACCAAACUCAGGCAUGUGAAUAUCAGUCUUGAUGGCUUCUACUGCAAGGACGGUGUAGAGGGAAAUGCAACCCUGGGUUCUUCUCCCCAAACCAAGUCUGCAACCCACCACCUAUGUGAGAGACUAGGCAGAAUCGCACCCCAAUUGGAAAGCCUGAACUUCACAGGUAGGAUCUGCGACUGCUUCUUCCGCACUGCAACGGAAGUUGCUCUCACGAGAAAAGAAGCAAGCCAGCUACGUGCUGUGGAUAUCGUGGUCAAAUCCUGCUGUCGCCCUGUCCUCGUCAAGAAGAAGCAAAAUCCUAGCGCUGAAGAGGACAAAGAAGGGCCACUCAUCGAUACCGAAGACGAGGCCGAUGACAACGAAGAAGGUACAAAAGAAGACGAUGACAUAGCAGUCGUUCCGGCAGUAUCUCCCACUAUCUCCUCUUCUACCAACAAGAACGUCCUCACUCCUCCAACCGCCGAAACACCCACCUCAUCACUCAAUCCCACCCCCACCCCAAGCCCUCAAAACCAACACCUCUACAUCUCCACCAUAACCGGGUCAAUCACCCAUCUCCCCUUCAUCCUCUCCUUCGAACGCCUCAUCCUCUCCGCCGUCAAAUCCCUAGACCUCUCCUCCUUCCCAUCUUUAUCCCGUAUCCGCAUCCGCUUCAUCGAUCUCGAUUCUGCUUGUCCGCUGCUGAAUCCGUAUUUCAUGUUCGAUGAUGGGUCGUCGUCAUCAUCUUCUGGUGGGGGAGGAGGGAGGUGUAGUGGAGUGUGGAACGAGGAGAUCUUGGAGGCGUUGAGGUUGAGCCGGCCGGGGACGAGGUGGUUGGAGGAUCUGGGCGAGAUUGGGGAUGGGGAUGUGGAUGGGGACGGAGAGGGGGAGGAGGAGAUCCGUGCUGAGAAGGAAAGCGGCUCGAGGCGCCAGCUUGGUGGAGGUGGAGGUGCGGGUGCCGUUGCCGUUGCCGUUGGAGUUGGCGUGAUCAGAAAGAAACCCAGAGCAAUCAGAUCGAGCGCUUACCGCGUCUUGGCCGCGGAUGCAAGAUGA